AUGCGUGUGGCGGCGCUGUCUGGCGACACUGUUACUGAGCUCGACGGGGAUGUGCUAGAGGAGCUCGCAACCAACAGCAGCGGCUUUGCUUUUGCCCUGAAGCGGCACUUGCAGCCAUUGCUGGGCGUCUCCGCCUACCGUCUGAGGUUGUUGUUCCAGGACCAGGAGAUCAUCAGCUGCCCUGCAGCGGACCUUUGGCAUUUGGACCUGCAGCUCCUAGUCUUGCCCUACCGUCAGGACAAAUCCCGAGAAUUGCUGGAUGCCGCAGAGUGGGGAGACCUGUUCGAGGCAGCCCGGCUGUUGGAGUCCUCCCAGGACCCCAACGCCAGUGGCGACAACCUGGCCCCGCUGCAUGCCGCUUCCUGCAUGGGGCAUUUGGACAUGGUGAAGUUCUUGCUGGAGGCUCGGGCAGAUGCGAAUCAGUCCGGCGUGUAUGGCACGCCUUUGUUGAUUGCCGCGGAGCGUGGGCGCUUGGAUGUUGUCCGAUUCUUGGUGGAAGCGGGCGCUGCCAAGGAUGAGGCCACUGAUGAUGGCUCUACGCCCCUGUUGUGCGCGGUCAGUGGGGACCACCUGGACGUGGUACGGUUCCUUGUGCAUGCAGGCGCUGACAAAGAUCUGCAAGGGCGUGAUGGUGCCACUCCUUUGUUGCGAGCAGCCGGCGCCGAUCACUUGGAAGUCGUUCGGUUUCUUGUUCACGCUGCGGCUGACAUGAACAUGCAUGCCAGCAAUGGCUUUACGCCCUUGAUCUCAGCCAUCUUCAGGAACAACGUAGACGUGGCACGCUGCUUGGUGGCGGCCGGCGCAGACACCAACAAGCCCACAGAGGAUGGCACCCCACUGCUCUACGCAGUGGCGGACGGUCACCUGGAGCUGGUGCGCUUGCUCCUGGAGGCCGCGGCAGAUCUGGACCGGGCCUCUGAGAGCGGCACCACGCCGCUGCUCUGCGCCGCGGAGGAGGGCCACUGGGAGUUGGUGCGGCUCUUCCUGGAGGCCGGCGCAGACUUCUCGGAGGUGCGGAGGUCGGACGGCGCCACGGCGCUGCUCUGCGCGGCGCGGAACGGCCAUGCUGAAGCGGUGCGGUGCUUGCUGCAGGCCCGCUUUGUCCUUCGGGACCUUAGGGCCUUUGGGGCCUUUGGGGCCUUUGGGGCCUUUGGGGCCUUUGCGCCUGUGGGCCUAUGGGGUCGUUUGGGGAAUUCUUUGUUUCCUUGUGUUCCCUCAGCAAGAAGUUGGGGAUUUCCUUUUUUUCUUCUUUUCUUUCUCCCCCGGAUUUUAUUGUGUUUUCUUAGCACCCUUCGAGUUCUGAUUUGCGACGAGUCCCCAAAGCAAGUUCUCGCCAGGCCCGGGCCAGCGCUGAAGGCGUUCAGGGCACAACAGGCACAACGGCGCUGA